CACCAUCAAAAAAUAAUAUUUUCAUGAUUCAAGGACACCUUUGAAUUUAAUGGAGCAGUUAUCGUUAAAAUCCAUACCUAAGGAAAAUCAAGAACAGACGAAGCAGACAGAAAACAAUGAAAGUAAUGAUACCCACAUUUCACCACUCACUCCAUCAAAAGAAUUUCAAUUUUGGCUUGUCGCUAAUACGAAGAAAGAGAAUAAAGCUACAAGUUCUAGUACUAGAUCGAUUACUGUACCUGUCAAUACUGGCAAUGCUGUCCCUACGAAUACUGUUGUCAGUCAAAACAGAGAAACAUUCAAACAAGAAAUCUUCAGUAUUCAGCAAAAGCGGAAUGCUAUGGUUGGAUGCGAUCAACAGUUUGUCUGAUAGAGAACUGCUCGUUAAUUUAACACUGUUGGUCCAAACAGUUAUAACAAAUAAAUGCAGAGAAGAAAUAAGUGGUUGUACGAAGUUCAGUAACUUCAAGGAUAAGACUGAUGAAUUAUUUGAGUUCGAAAGAACAAUUUGAUGUGUUCAAUGAUCAUUUGAAUUCAAACGAAGAAUUCCAAAUGAAAUUU